AUGGUGAUGAUGAUGCUGGCCCCGCUGUGGGGGGCCGGGGAGGCGCGCGAAGAGCGGGAUGGGGACCCCGCGGAGGGCCGGGAGCUGCGGAGCUUCACCUGGGAGGAGAUCGGUCAGCGGAGCGGCCGGGGGCCGGGGCCGCAGGAGCGCUGGCUGGUGAUCGAGAGGAAGGUGUACGACAUCAGCCGGUUCUACCGGAGGCACCCGGGAGGGGCCCGGCUCAUCAGCAGCCAUGCCGGGCAGGACGCCACGGAUGCCUUUGUAGCAUUCCAUGUUGACAAGGUGCUGGUGAGCAAGUACUUGAAGUCACUGCAGAUUGGGGAGCUGGCACCAGAUCAACCCAGUAUUGAGCCCACUAAAAAUAAAAUGCUGGUGAAAGACUUCCGUGAAUUGCGUGCUACUGUUGAGAAAAUGGGACUUCUGGAGCCAAAUCAACUCUUUUUCUUCCUGCACCUCGCUCACAUCCUCCUGUUGGAUACUGCUGCUUGGCUUAUUCUCUUCUACUUUGGGACAUCCUUAAUGCCCUUUAUUGUCUCUCUGGUGGUGCUGACCAUUUCCCAGGUCCAGGCUUCGUGGUUACAACAUGACUUAGGGCAUCUUUCAGUAUUCAGGAAGACCAAGUGGAACCAUCUGCUGCAUAAGUUUGUGAUGUGCCAUUUGAUUGGGGCAUCAGCCAAAUGGUGGACUCUUUUGCACUCCCAGCACCAUGCCAAACCCAACUGCUUCCAGAAAGAUCCUGACAUUGAUAUGCACCCCUUUUUGUUUACUCUGGGGAAGAAAUUCUCUGUGGAGCUUGGCAUCAGGAAGAAAAAAUAUAUGCCAUACAAUCACCAACACAAAUACUUCUUCAUCACUCUUCCUCCGCUCCUGUUUCCCACCUACUUCCACUACCACACAUUUUAUAUUGCAUACACAAAACGGUAUUGGGUGGACUUGGCCUGGAUGCUGACCUUCUAUAUCAGAUUCUUUUUUACCUAUGGAUCAUUAUUAGAAAUAAAGAGUCUCUUGGCAUAUUAUUUUAUAUUCAGGAUGCUGGAGAGCAGCUGGUUUGUCUGGGUUUCACAGAUGAACCACAUCCCUAUGGAUAUUUACUAUGACAACAAUUUGGACUGGGUGUCUACUCAGCUCCAGGCAACAUGCAAUGUUGAGCAGUCUCUGUUCAAUGACUGGUUUACUGGGCAUCUGAACUUCCAGAUUGAACAUCACCUAUUCCCCACAAUGCCAAGACAUAACUACUGGAAGGUGGCUCCUCUGGUGAAAUCCUUGUGUGCCAAACAUGGCAUUGAGUACCAAUGUAAGCCGCUGAUCACGGCUUUUGCAGACAUUGUACACUCUCUGAAGAAUUCAGGAGAGCUCUGGCUUGAUGCCUACCUGCACAAAUAAGAAGACAAGGCCUGAUGGUACCAUUCACAGCCUGCCACAUCUUUGCAUUCCCAGCAAGCUGAGGAGCAGGGACCACUUCUAUGGCAGAAGAAAAUGGAUAAGAACUGAAGGAUAUGAUUUCAAUAGAUAUGAAGUUACCUGAUUUUUACUUCUGGUCUUUCCUGGUGUUUUGGUUCAGAUAUGUUAAGAGUGGAUAGGGCAAGCAGGAGAUGAAUGAUUAGAACAGGGGCAAACUCUUUGCUAACUGUGAGUGAAUAUGGCCAAGAGCAUUUCUAAGUCUGCAUAUGUAUUCAAGUCAAAUUAUGGACCGGUGCAGCUGCACACAAUUUCAUGUCAGUCCUCUGACCAACUGUUUGGGUGUGGUGUUUUGGUUUUUUUUUUUUUGUUUUUUUGUUUUUUUUUAGGUAUUCCUCCUGUGGAAUAUUUAAUGCUUAAUACAGUGUUUGCUUUGAAGUCAUCUGAAACUGUACAGGAUUUUGAUUUAACAUGGUGUUCCAGCAAUGCACUUAAGUCAUAAUAAAUUAUAAUAAACUACAUAUCACAUUUAGAGUAUAGAAAUUGCAAUAUGCAGUUGAAUAACAACCUAAAUAUGUUCCCUAUUACUGUUCUCUAGAGCAUCCUCAUUGUCACAAUGCCAGACAUCCCCAGCUGUCAGGAAGAAAUACAUGGGUUGAAACCAGUUCAAGCUCACUGCUCUCUUUAAAGUUUCUUUAGUCAUUGUUUGAUUUUUGUACUUUGAGCUGGGCUGAGCCCUGUGUACGCUCCCCAUGCUGGGCUGGCUGAGUUGUUUGUAACCAUGAGGUCUCCACCGCUGAGUCUGUCUCCCAAAGUCCUCUUGAACACUUCAUGCCUGUAAUCCUUCAUGCCACAUCCUUUGUCUUCACUUCUUAAAACCCCUACUAUUAUACCAGAUCUGUAUUUCAUUAUCUUAACAGACAGCUAUAUCUCAUUCUGCAUAGAGUAACUGCUUGGUAUCGCCAUUAAUAUAAGAAUAUGAUCAUACUAUAGAAACAUAAACCAAAAGGAAAAUAAACUAGCCAUAAACAUUUGGUCAAAUAGAAAAGUUGCUAUUGCAACUAAAACAAAUAAAAGACAGGCCCGUAAAAGACUGAGCAAGUCUGACAAGCCUCAGUUCUGAGGCUUUGCAUGCUCAAUGCAGACUUGAGCGGUUAUUUUUCAUAUAAAUCAUAAAUCCAUUAUAAACACUAAAUUGCAGUUAUAAUUGGUAGACUCAAGUCCAGAAUUUCUACAGUUGAAGAAUGUUCAAUCAACUUCAUGAUGGGGAACAGAUUUGUUUCUUCCUCACCUUCUGAGUCUGUGAGUAAGCUUUACUCACCUGGAGCUCGAGACUUGCAGGCGCUGCUGAGCAAGACUCUUCUGGCAAGCUGUGCUCCGCAGCUCCUCAGGCUUGUCUCAGCCGGUGGAGUUUGCGUUGACCAGAUGCUAUCACAGGGGAACUCGCUGCAGGUAAGGUCACUUGCUUAGAGAAUGAGAGGGCUCUACCAAAAAGUAGAGAACAAUAAGCUAAUGCCCAGUAUAGUUCCACGAAUAGAAAACAUUAUUGGUGUCAGGUUUAUAGUAUAAAAAGCAAAUCUAAUACAUGCACAAGCUGUGUUACU